CAGAGAGAGGGUGACCUACUACCUACGGCCGCCGCACACACGCUAUAUACAUAAUAAUGUCGGGCUGCGAUCGACCGACCGGCAACGGCACCCCCACCGUCAGUCCGAAGCAUCGGGCUGCGGUAGCACGUGGCCAGAGUAGUAACAGCGCCGCGAACUCGGGUCACCAGCUGCUGCGCGAGAGAGUCAGCUUUUUCGAGCAGCUCAACCGCAGCUCCAGCGAGGAUCUGACGGAUCAUCGAGGCAGCGCCGAUCAUCGAAGAUCGUCCUCGAGAGCGAGCAAUUCGUCGUUCGAGGAGAGCUUCGAGCGGCUGGUCGAAGAGGGCGAAUUGAACGGGGCGAAAGUCGUUAAGUUUGAAAAGAUUACCGUGAAAAAGAGUUUGAAGGAAGUUUCUUCGACGACGUCGGUGCUUAGUACCGCAAGCUCCAACGGCAGCAAUGACAAUCUCCCGACUCGCCAUCACGGCACUCCGACCCAGGCCAGGGUUCGAAGUCCGAGCGAGGCGAGCGACGAGUUCUUCGGCUACGACGAUUCGGCCUACCAGAGUCACAAUCAGCCGACCGCCACCGGCGGCGAGACGUCCAAGUCCAGCUCGGCCGCGUCGUUCGCCUGGCUGCCCGCCUCGGAGGAGAGCCUCCUCGGCCGACAAUGCCCGAGCCCCAUGUCGGACGACCGGCCGGCCGCCGAGUGGUACGCCGAGUACAGCAAUCAGAGCUUCUUCGGCGUCACUGCCGGAAGAAUCGACUACGGACGCAGCAAGAGCCAGUACGACGCUCACAUCGCCGAGAUCAAAGAUGAACAGGAGCGCGUUCAGAAAAAAACCUUUAUUAAUUGGAUCAACUCAUGUCUGUCCAAGCGAGUCCCUCCUCUUCGAAUCAGUGAUUUGAUAGAAGACUUGAAAGAUGGCACACGGUUGCUAGCCUUACUAGAGAUUUUAUCAGGAGAAAGAUUGCCAGUGGAAAAAGGCCGCAAUUUGAGGAGACCCCAUUUUUUGAGCAAUAUUAAUACUGCGCUUCAAUUUUUACAAAGCAAAAAGAUAAAAUUAGUAAAUAUUAACGCAUCAGAUUUGGUUGAUGGACGACCACCAGUUGUCUUAGGGUUGAUCUGGACAAUUAUUUUAUACUUCCAGAUCGAAGAAAAUGCUCGAGCUCUUGAGUAUCUUGGACAAGCUUGGGGAAGCCAAAGCAGUCUUGAAAGCAUAGGAACUCAGGGAUCGGGAGCAAGCGAGAGGCGACGCCAAAGUACCGAGAAAUGGAAGCAAGGGGCUCGCAAAACUCUGCUACAAUGGGUCACCAAUGCAUUACCCAAAAAUCUUGGAGUGGAAGUACGAGAUUUUGGAGAAAGCUGGCGAGACGGAAAUGCUUUCCUCGGAAUCAUAGAUGCCAUAAAAACAGAUCUCGUCAAUAUACCAGCUCUGAAACAAUCGACAAAUCGCACCCGCCUCGAGACGGCAUUCGGUGUAGCUGAAAACGAGCUGGGAAUCGCUCGACUGCUCGAUCCGGAGGACGUCGACGUUCCGAAGCCCGAUGAAAAGUGUAUUAUGACCUACGUGGCUCAGUUCUUACACAAGUAUCCCGAGCCCAAUGGUAAUGGAUCACAACCGUUGAUCGGUGUGCAAGACGAGUUCAAUGCCCUCAUGCUCUGGCUCAAUGAAAAAGUCAAGCUUCUCGAUCGCAUGGACAAGACGGGCAAUUUUUCUAAAAAUUAUCAAGAUUAUUUACAGUUUAAGAGUGAAUACAAUGAAAAAUCGUUGCCUUAUUAUAGAAUGCAAAAUUUACUAGACACUCCUAGUAUGAUUAAUAUUUCUCGUGAGUCCUGGAGACAAUUACAAAACUCAUGGAAACAGUUGGAAAAUUUGAUGUCACGCUGGCAGUGGUUGCUUGAUUCCUCGCUUCCAGGUGAGCUUGGUGAAGUUGGCAGAUGGCUUGCUUACGCUGAAUCCUUAUUGAGCUCCGACGAUGAUAUAUCUGAAGAAAUGACGGAAGAAACUGCAAGUAUAAUAUCGCAAAAGCUCGAGGUUCACAAGAAGUUUUUCCUAGAUCUUCCAAACGUAGUGGAGAAAUUCAAUCGAGUUAAAAGUUCUGCAUUGGCUCGACAAGUUCCAAUAGAGCAAUUGCAAGAUAUAUCGUCCCGUUUGGACAGCCUUCCAGUACGUGCCGCAAAGAGAAGAAUAAAAUUAAAGUUUUUGGAGCAUAAAUGCUGCUUGGUUGCAUUCCUCUAUCUCAUUGAAACGAGGCUCAAAGGAUGGAGUAUUAAGUAUGGUGGUGAAAAAGAUGUUCAGCAAAUGCUGGAGCAAUAUAAAAAUUUUGUAUCUAAAAAUAGAAUUUUCCAAGAGUUCCAAAAAGCUUAUGCAGAUAUGCAACAGGUGAUUGAAGAGUACAAGAGAGAAGGUGAUAUUGAUCACGAAGAAAGUGCGAAAGUCGAUCGAUUUAUUAAAGAAACUGGUGAAAAGUGGAAAAGCAUAUCGAUGGAUUUACGUUGCGUUCAAAGUAUGCUUGAAGAAUUGGUCAUUUAUUGGAGAAGGUGGUCGCUUCUAUCGAACGAGUUUGAGUCUUGGAUAUUUAAGGCAGAAUCCAUGCUGAAUAUGCCUGAGGAGGAAAAAAUGGAAUUUUUCCAGGAUAUAUCCGUUUGGAAAGAUAAAUACCAGCAGCUUUCAGACACGGUCAGCUUGCUUAUCGCAACUUCUGAAGAUCAAGUUGCUAUACAUCUGAAAAGCCACUACAUCAACUUGUCUCAAAGAUGGGAGAAUCUUUUCGCAGAAGCCAAACAGUACAUGCAUGCAGGUGAUCUUAUUCGUAAUUUGAAAGACUAUCGAACAGGAGUUGAAAAGAUCGAGAAGUGGCUGGAAUCAACAGAAGCUGCUCUUGCCACGUCUCAGUUAACAUCAACUGAAAGAAUCAAGGCUUAUGGAGAACGAUUAAAAGUUCUAAAUGAAGAAAAAGAAGAGGUUGAAGAACUUUUUAAAGACGUCAGCAAAAAGUUCCAGACUCUAAUACAAGAUGUAUCUCGAGAAGAAGUUGAUAAAAUGAUGAACUCAUUGAAAAAAGUUAAAGAAGAUUUAGUCAGAGUUCGUGCGAUGAUUCCCAUGCAACUACAUUUGUACCAUCAGGUUUUAGUACAACAGGAAUCAUUGGAAGCAGGGCAACGUGAAAUUUCAGCUUGGUUGGACGACGCAGAACAUUUGCUCAGUACUCACGAUUUAUCCGGUGGUCGCGAAGCAGCUCUUUCCCAUCUAGAACGUCACAAGGCCUUCUUUUCGAGAACUCCUUACUAUAAAUCGAUGCUGGAAUCGAAAAAUAAAGUUUUUACGAACAUCAUGAAAUCCGUUGAUGACGGCAAGAAACCCGAAGGUGAUAGGAAUUCCGUUCUCAGUGAUUUGAACGACCGAUUUGCUAGAGUUCAUCAAUCAGCUCAAUUAUGGGAGCAACGAUUGUAUGAUGGUGUCAAGUGUUGGACUCAAUUCCGAGAACGAGAAAGACAAAUUUCCGAGUGGCUGUCGACUGCAGAAACAUUAAUAAAUGAUAGAAAUAUAGAUAGCCGGCCGUCUGUAGAAUAUCAUAAAAACUUUUUCAGCGACGUCAAUGAAAACUGGAUGCAUGAUCUUUUUAACGUAGCUCAAGAUCUGAGAAAUCUCUUGCCAGUCGAACAGAGAACACCAAUAGAUGAAACCCUAAACCAACUUCAAAAACGCUGGAAAAAUAUUUUAACGUUUGUACCGUUGCAUUUAAUGCGUUUGGAAUUUAGAUUGGAUGAGGUAGCUUUUCAUCAGUAUUUGAAAGAAAUAGAAAUGGAAAUAAAUGCAGAACAACAAUCUUUAAUGAAAAAUGAGGAUGCAUCGAGUAUUUUGCGUCGAAAUAAAGACUUCUUUGUCAAUCAUGGCAAACUAAUUCAAGCCGAGAAAACCUUACAAAUGUUGAAAAAUAUUGAAGCAUCGUACAGAAAUAAAAAUCCGAAUGAUACAAGUCUUAAAGAGGCUGUGCAAAAUGCCGAACAGGCUUGGUUACAAAAUUUUCGUCGUAUUGAAAAUCUUAGUGACCAAUUACGAAAGGUUCCAGAACAGUGGGCAAACUACAGGCAAAAGUUCGAAGAGAUGUCGAGGUGGAUGGAUCACAUUGACACAACUGUGAGAACUCUUUUACAAGAAGUCAAUACUCUUGAGUUAUUCGAAAAAGAAAAAUCAGUCUUCCAGGAGUUGUGUCAAGAAACUGACAAUAAACAAGAAGAUAUGAAGUGGUUGAUGCAAACACUAAAUAGCCUUACUUCAAAUAGAUCUGAUCAUGAAGCAUCUGUAGAGCAGCAUAAACUUGAGCAACUGAUUGUACGAUACAAAAAUCUUAUACCAACUAUUGAUAUUACUAUGACUAAAACAGAUACAUAUUCCAAGAGUUAUACUUAUAGAAAAGAAGUUCACGAAGUUUGUACUCUCCUUAGCAAAGUACGUGAACAAACAAUUGAAGUGCCUAAAGUAGAAAAUCCUGAGAGCCUUAAAAAUGCAUUAGUACUACAAGAAUCUUACUUACACCAGUUAGAACAACAAAGAGCACAUAUUGUUAGUAUGUUGCAGCAAGGAAAAGAUCUGUUGAAAGAUCAAUAUGCGCCAACCUUCGUUUCUUCCAAUGUUCAAGAAUUAGAGCACAGUUGGAAUGAAACUUAUGGUCAAAAUAUCGAGAACUUACAAACACUGAAAAAUUCACAUAAAUUAUGGACAAGCUACGAUGAACAGAAACAAGAAAUUUUGAAUUUGAUUUCUCAAGCAGAAGAUGAUCUUCAAAGGCUGAAGGAUGUUAAAUACUAUAAUGCAGCCCAGGUAUCGGCCGAUUUGCAUAAUCAACAAGAAAUCAACUCUUCGAUGCGUAAAAUGGCCACUGAUAUGGUCCGACAAUUGCAAGAAACCCAUUCAAAUCUUGUUCAAAGCACGCCAUUGGAAAAAAUAUCAGAUUUGAAUCAAGAUAUAAUAAACGUUGAAAAAAGCGUCGAUUCCACAAUGUUAAAAUACUCCCAAAAGAUUGAAUCUCUACAAUCUUUGCACAACCGAUGGAGUAAUUUCCAACGAAAUAUGAAUGAUUUGCAUAAUUGGGCCACGCAAAAUGCACCACAAUUUAUCUCGGAUAUUAAAUCUCCAAGUACUUCUCCAAAUGAACGAGUGAUGAAAAUCGAAAUACUAGAAAAUCAAAUUCACGAGAAAGUCGAGACUUUACAUGUGAUUGAAAGAGAGUUCAAAACUUUAGUACAUGAUAACGACUCUAGCCCUCAAGCACAUAAUUUGAAAACGAACUUGAACCAUUUGCAAUCAACUAUUGUUUCUUUGCAAAAAAAUAUCCUUGAUCAGCAUGAGACGGCUUCGCGUAAUUUAUCAACUUGGAAAGAGUACGAAUUGAGAAUACAACAAUUAAAACCUUGGAUAGAUCAAGCAGAAGCACAAGCAGCUUCCAUCGGUUCCAAACCAACUACUCUUCAACAAGCAACAGACAUGCUUAAUUUUGCGCGUUGUUUUGAAAAGCAGUGUAAUGAACAUUUACCGAGAUUAGAACAACUGACUCAAAUCAGCCACCAACUUGGAGAUAAAACUGUAGCACCCGAUGAAGCUGAUUCUGUUCACAGUCGCUGGCAAUCGAUACAUGAUGUAGCCAUCGAAACUAGAACAAAAUUGGAAAAGCUUGUGUCUCAUUGGACCGAGUUUGAAAAAAAUAUUCAAGACUUUAAUGAGUGGUUGACUAGAUCUGAAAGUUUAGUUGGUGCUCAAUUAAGUGAUACUGCAUCAAAUGUCAACUUGGAGGAAAAGUUGAACACAUUGAAAGAAUUUAACAAGGAUAUAACCGAUAGACAAGUGCAAUUGAUAACACUUACUCAAGUGUCCGAUAACAUCAGUCACAGCUUAACUUUGGAGGGAGCUACAAACUUGAAGGGUACCGUUUCAGAGUUGAAAUCACGUGCGAGCAAAUUAGCAGAUACCGUGCGUCAAGAAAUAAAUAAAUCGUCAGAUUCAAUUUUGGUUAGAGAUGAGUUUCAAAUGAGACUAUCUCAAUUCGAGCAUUGGAUACUGGAAACUCAACAAAAUAUGACACAAAUGCGCAAUAUUCACAUCAAUAAUGUCGAAGACAAUCUUCAAACUACUCAUGCCUUUUUACAAGAUUAUUCCUACGAAGAAUCUGAAUUUAAAAAUAUUUGUGAAGGAGUCAGUAAAUUAAAAUCGUUUAGUACUCCAGAAGAAGCUGCAGUUCUUAAUGAUAAAUUUGAAAUGUUAAAAGUACAUUACAGAGAUUUGGGAAAUAUUAUGCGAGAUAGAAUAAAAAGACUUGAAAAAUGGUCUGAAUUGCUCAAUUGGAAUGAUGAAACGGCUGCUCAAAUCAAUCAUUUUGAAUACGAGGCUGAUACUCGGAAACCCAGCAUUGAAGAUUGUGACAGAUUAACAUCCGAAGUAAAGACCAUGCAAAAUAAAAUAAAAGAAUGGAAAGAGCAAGUUCAAAUAAUCGAUUCAUGGGACAUAUACAUAACAGAUAAGGAGAAAAAUCCCAUUACAGCUGAGUCGUUAAUAAACAAUCUGGAGAAGCAAAUCAUUUCAUUGGAAUCUACAUUGCUCUCGAAACGUAAUAAUUUGCAAAAUCUCAGUUCAAGGUGGGAGAAUUUCAGAAAGAUGCAACAAAAAUUAACUGAAGAUAUUCUUCAAACUCAAAAUGGUUUACAAGAACUGACAUAUACCGUCACUAGUUGUGAGCAGCUUUCCCCAGCAAUUGAAAAAAUAGCUGAACUUAAUGAAAGACACAAUCUAUGUAUUCCGGCUAAAGAUGAUUUGCACCAAGAAAGUAUGGAACUACUUAGAGACGAUCAAAGAUCAUCAACAAAUAUACAUGUUGUUUUAUCUUCCAUUGAUUCAAAUUGGGAAAAAGUUCACGAAUUAUUACAUGAACAAAGGAACAAAUAUGCUGAACUUGAAGGAGUGUGGAAACAAUAUGUUGAAGCUAACGACAAACUCAAUGCUUUUAUUGAAGAAUCUGUAAAUUUGAGUAACUCAGUGAAAAGUGUUCCCUGUGAUUUAUAUCAAGCUUCAUCGGCAGUCGAAACUCAGAAACGAGCUCUGGAAACACUGAAAAAGGGAAAAGUAUACUUAGAAAAAGUUGACUCUAAAUCUCAACAAAUUUUGAAAGAAGCUUCGCUCAUGCCUAACUUCAACCACGAUUCUAUCGAAUCUAAUGUUUCAAACGUUCAUAAAAAGUAUCAGGAUACUUAUUCUAACAUUGUCGAAAAAAUCCAGCUCAAUGAAACGCAAGUAAUCAUUUGGAAACAAAUUAACGAUGCAAAAGAAGAUUUAACUCGCUGGCUCAAUGAUACAACUAAUAUAUUAAAAACUGCCCAAGAAAAUUUAAUCGAUACUGAAAACGCUCGUGCAAAAUUGAUGAAGUUCAGAGAUGAAUUACCAGCCCAUCAAUUAUUACAGCAAGGAAUCCUCACAAAAACAGAACAACUUCUUAAACUUAAUGGAGGAGUAGGAAUUCCAACAUUGGCCUCACUUAAUCAUGUCAUUUCUGAACAAUUUGAAGUAGUUGAGUCUGCUGCCAAUGCAUUGGAGAAAAUUACAUCUAAUUUUGCAGAACAAGAACAAGUCAUUCGCUUGGACUUGAAGAAAGUGAACGACAUAAUAUCAAAGGUUCGAGAGGAAGUUAUUAAAUGUGAUGAUUUGACUGGAGAAAAUGUGAAAAUUAUAAAUAGAAUCAAACAUUGUGCUGAAAUGAAAGUAGAACUAAAUACUUGCGAUGAAAUUCUCAAGAAAACUGAUGAUAACAUAAAACAGUUAGCUACCCAGUAUCCAUCCGUACUUCAUUCAAGUUUGCUGAAGGAAUUACAGUCUCUUCAUGAACGGCACAAUUCAGUGACGAAUCAUGCUGAAAAAGUUUAUGUAACUUUAAAGGCAUUUUUGAUAAAGUUGUAUAACGAAAAGUUUAAUUACCUUCAGCGAAUGGUAUCUAGUUGCAGAGAUAAGGUUACUUGGUGCGAACCUGAUCAGAAUAGCGAUAAGUACAAUUUGGAAGUCAAAUUGGCCUCUCUUCUUGAAGCUGAAGUCGAGAUAAAUGAUUGCAACGAAAGAAAACGUGAAACCGAUAAAACGCUGCAAUUAUUAUCUGAAGUUGAAAAUCCUGAAAAUUUGCAAAAAUUGCAAGAUGAGCGAGAAAAAGUUCAUGUUGAUUUAGAAGCUCUUAAACUAGUCUUUCAAGCAGUGAAAAAAGAGCUUGAAAAAAAUAUUCAAAUGUGGUUACGCUACGAAGCUAUGCUUCAAAGUGUAUUACAAAUUCUUAAAGGAGAUGAAAACAGAGUUAGAGCUGAAAGUUCAACUUUAUUCAGUAUGGAAGAUAUAGAGACAAAACAAGCCGAAAUAGGUGCACUUCAGAAAGAAUUCAAAGAAAAUAGAGUUGAAAUGAAUAAAUUAAUAACUUUCAGCAAUCUCUUGACUGAGAUAAGCCCUGAUUCUCGAAUUCAACAAUACAUAAAUCACUUGGAUGCACGAUUUGAGGCUAUCGAAAAAUUCAUUGUCCAACAAAUAAGCAAACUGCAAGAACUCUAUAUCAAUAGAAUCCAAUACCUUAAAAAUUUGAACGAGUUGGAAUCUUUAAUUUCAAAGUGCGAAGAAACAUUGAAAAUUUACGAGGAGAUUGGUGGAGCCAAGCCAAUGUCUUUCUAUCAAUCAAGAUUGAAUGAACUGAAGGCAUUUAAUGAAGAAAAAGAAAAAGGUCAAAGUUUGUACAAUUCAACUGCCGAAGCAGCAGAAGCACUGUAUCCUAAAAUCAAUCCUGAAGAAAGAGAAGCUGUAAGAUCAGGUUUGAGAAUACUCCGUUCUAGGUUGGACAAUUUAACUGAUAAAACAAAUUUAAUUCACAAAAAAGUUGAAAGUGACAUGAUGCAUAGAUCUUCGUUUGAAGAUAAAUAUUCACAAGUAAGGCAGUGGAUAUUAGAAGCACAAGGAAAAUUGGGUAGUAAACAAGAAUUGCUUCCAACACUUCAAGAAAAGAAAGUAGCACUUCUUGGGUAUAAAACCGUUGCUCAAGAUGUAAAGGCCCAUAAAAGUAUUCUUAUGCAACUUCAGGAGCGUUUCCAAAGCAUGCCAGACGAUGAGUCAAACUCCAUGAUCAAUGAUAUGAUUGAGUCUUACGACAAGCUAUCGGAAGAAGUUGAAGAUAGAGUGAAUGUAGCCACAAAAUAUGUGGCUAAUCACGAAGCAUAUCAACAAACAUUCGAUAGCAUGCGCGAUUGGAUAAGUACCAUAGUUAAUGAAACAUCUGCUUAUUUGGACGAUACGGCUGUUGAGCGUGAAACUGCAAAAUCAAGCAUAAAUUUCAUUGAAAAUAUUUUGCAGCAAAGAGAAGAAGGUGAUCGAUUGAUAGAAGAUUGUAAUUUGCAAUUAAAUAUUAUUUUGGAGCAAACUUCGAUACAAGGACAUCCGAUUCUUAUGAAAGCGUUCGAAGAACAAAAGAAAAUUUGGCAAGACUUUUUAGUAAAGUGUGAUCUUUUCAGAGAAAAAGUCAAUCAUUUGUUUGAUGAAUGGUCAGAAUUCCAAAAAAUAGUUGAAGAGCUUGAAGUUUGGACAAAGAAUAUGGAAUCACAAAUGAAGGAUCAAAGUUUGAAAAGUUCAGAAGAAGCAAAAGUCGCUCAUUUGCAGCGCCUAAAAUCUCUCGAAGAAGAAAUUAAUGCUAAAGCUCCAGCGGUCAAUUUGGCUUUUGAGAAAAGCCAAGCGAUUGAAACCGAGUCUGAAUUGAUUUCCAGAGUGUCUAAGCAGGUCACAAAGUAUCAAGCUUUGAAAAAUCAAAUUAAAGAAGCUGUAUCAAGAUACGAACUAUUCUCAAAAGAGCACAAUGAAUUUAACCAACGAUACAAUCAUUUUGUCAACUGGAUACAGGAGUUGCAGGGCAAAUUAGAUAAAUACAGUGAGAUCGUUGGUAAUUUGCAUGCAUUGCAAGAACGUCAAAAAGCAAUUCGUGAUCUUGUGGACGUUCGUUCAACUGAAAAUCCGAAAUUCGAAUCAGUUAUCGAUUUAGGCGAGAGAUUGUACACGCAUACGUCACCUGAUGGACGAGAAAUCAUUCGUCAACAAUUGCGAAAUCUAAGAACACUUUGGGAUACUUUUUCAGAUAAUUUGCAAGCCACGAGCCAAAAGUUAGAUUUGUGCCUAACUCAGUUUUCCGACUUUUCUAAUUCGCAUGAGCAAUUAAACUCUUGGUUACACGAUGUUGAGCGUGCCAUGCUCCAACAUACUAUACAUAAGUGCACUUUGGAAGAGAAAAAAGCUUUGCUUCAAAAUCAUAAAAUAAUGCAUCAAGAAAUAACGUCUCGCCAAUCACUUGUUGAAGCCGUAUGCGAAAAAGCCCAACAGUUAGUUGAUCAAACCAAAGACUCAUCUCUCCACGUAUAUCUUAAUUCGAUCAAACAACUAUUUAAUAAUAUUGUCACAUAUUCACGAGAUUUGUUAGAGCAUCUUGAGGAUUGUGCUGAUAAGCACAAUAAAUUUAUUCUUCAAUCUAAAGCGUUCUCAGAUUGGCUACAGGGAGAAAAAGAAAAGUUACUUGAAUGCAAUGAUUUGAGUGGUGAACGUACUGAUAUAUCGAAGAAAUUGGCAUUAUUGACAAUUUUGAAAGAUGGAAAAGAGCACGGAAUGGAAAUGAUAAAAAAAUUAAAGGAUGCUGCAGAAGUUUUGAAUAAUAACACGGCACCUAAAGGGCAGGAAGUUAUUCAAAACGAAAUUUCAAAUCUUGAGGCUCAAUUAAAUCAACAUAUCCAAGACAUUGAUUCGAGCGAAUUAAAACAAAAUGUAGCUUUACAAAAGUGGAAAGAAUUUGAAGAGCCUUUGGAAAAGUUUAUGAAAUGGUUCAGGGAAAUGGAAGCUGCUUUCAGAGAUCAUCCAUUACAUCCAGAUAUUGAAGGAAAACAAGCCCAACUAAACUUAUUUAAAGAAAAACGUGAAAUAAUCAUUCAGAGAGAGAGCGAGAUCGAUCAAUUUGUCGAUAAAACUCAUGUAUUAAUUAACUCAAGUGGAGUUGAGAGAAUAAAACCCUUGAUUUCACAAAUAAGUAAUAGAUACACUUCUCUUUUAUCACUGAGCAAAGAUGUUAUCAAUCGGUGCAUCGAAAUGGUGGAAGAUCACAAAAAUUACAACGAAAAACUCUCAAAUACAGAUGCCUGGCUAACACCAUUGGAACAACACUUGCUUGCUUUAAAUUCUGAUGAAUUGAUUGGAAAUCCUGAGGCUAGAAAUUCUAGAUUGCAGUUACUUCUAAGUGAACAAGAUCAAUCCCAAAAUUACAUUGAAAAUCUUGUAUCAGCUGGUGAAAGGAUUCUACCUGAUACAUCGUCACGUGGCCGUGAGAUAAUCCGACAGCAAAUCAGACAAAUUCGUGAGAGAUGGGAAAAUUUGACGGAGAGUAUUUCUGAACAACAAAAGAAACAAGGCCUUCAAUCUCUACAAUGGUCGAGUUGUCAAGAGAAUUUGCAACAAAUAUACUCGUGGCUGGAUAACAUGGAACGAACUAUUAAACAGGAAGUUUCCUUGAUGCCUUCAUCUUUGCAAGAAGUGCGUUCUAAAUUAAUCAAAGGAAAGACUCUACAACAAGAAAUCUUAUCUUACAAGAGAGUCAUUGAAUCGAUCUCAGAAAAAGCCAAUUCUCUUGUUCAAGUAUCUCAACUACCAGUUGAUAUUCAAGAUAAAGUUCAAGUUAUCAAUCAACGAUUCGAACGUCUCGUAGAAAAUUCCACAAGAGGUUUAGCGAAUUUGGAAGCGGUAUUAGAGGUAUUCCAAUGUUUCCAUGAUUUGCAAAAAUCUUUUAAGGAAUAUCAAAAAGAGCAGUGGGAUCAGCUGACCAGUUACAGUGAUUUUACUGGUAAUAAGGCAGCGUUACAAUCCAAGUUAACUAAAGUAAUAGAGAUUCAAGAUCACUUGGGUGAAGGAGAAGUCAAACUGAAUGCUCUAGAAGAACAUUUAUCAAAAUGUUUGAGUGUUGUAUCUCCAAGAUCCCAAGAAUCAAUGGAGAGAGAUUUGAACAACCUUAGAUUUGACAACAAAAAAUUCGCUGACUCAGUCGCUGAGACUAUACACUCGUUCGAGGAGCGGAUUCAGCAAUGGAAUGAAUAUGAAUCAUCAUUGGAAAGACUUCUCAUUUGGUUGAUGGAUGCUGAAACUUUAUUGAAAAACUACUGCUUGAAAAAUUCAAUUGAAGAGAAGGAAGAACAACUAGAAAGAUAUCAGGACCUAUUAAAAGUAAUGGAGUCGCGUAAUGCGGAUGUUUUGGAGUUAGUAGCCCUUGGUGAUCAUCUGGAACAAGUUUUACUAGUUAAUCUUCGCCAAAAUGAAACUGAGUUCGACAAGAUGAGUGAUAGUUCAUCCGAUCUCAUCAACAUCAGUGGUGAAACAAGAUUUUCAGUGAGUGUCCAACAAAUAACAUCACGCUUUCAGUCAGUUCAAUCAACUGCAAAGGAAUUAGUAAAAAAAUGUGACCAAGCUCUGAUGGAUCAUAGAAAUUACAUCGAAAAAUACAAGCAGUGCUCUGAACGUUUGGCAGUGGCUCAACAAUCUUACACUGCAGCCUGUAAAAACAUUUCCGGAACUCGUCAAGAGCUGAUGUCACACAUGGAUACUAUAAGAGAUCUUUUGAGUCGUCAAUCAUCCAUGGUUUUCUGCGUUAACAGCACCGUUGAAGCUGGUGAACGCUUGUAUUCAACAACAGGAUCAGAUGGGCGUGAAAUUAUAAGACAACAACUUUUGGAUCUGCAACACAUUUUAGAGUCACUUUUUGAUGGCAUAACUCUGACUGAACGUGAAAUGCAGUCUAAAAUAUCUCGAUGGUCAGGCUUUGUUGAAAGCAGUGAGACUUUUAAUGAUUGGCUAAAAAAUGUUGAAAGUCAUCUACAAAAAGGACUUGAACUUAAAGCGACACUUGAUGAAAAACGAGCUCAGUUACAAAUUUAUCGCAACGCCCUUCACGACAUUCAGACUCAUCAGCAAGAUCUACUGGAUUUGAAAGAUAAAGCUGAUUCUCUUCCAGAAAGAUCAGAAAAAGUUGAUAAAGCAUUGAACGAAUUAACAAACAGGCAUGCUGCUAUUAUGAAAAAGGCAUCUGGAUUCGUCGAAACGUACGAGACAUACGUUAGCGAUCAUCAACAGUAUAGCAAAGCUGUUCUCGAUACUCACGAAUGGCUUGAUGCAACUUUGAACGCUGUUCACGUAUGGGGCGAUACAGAGCUCGAUCGAGUAUCUCUUCACACGAACUUGGAUCGUUUGCAGAAUUUGUUGCAAAGCUUUUCCGAUGACGAAGCUAGAGUUAGCAGAAUUCGUAGUCUCGGUGAAAAGGUUAUUCCAGGAACUUUGGAAUCGGGACAGAUUAACAUUCGAUCACAGAUGGACUCUUCCCAGCAAGAAUGGGAAUCACUACUAUCAACAGUAAGAUCCACUACCGAAGCACUGAAGAACAAAUUACAAUUGUGGGACGAGUAUGAAGUUAUGAAGGAGCACUGCUUAAGUUGGUUACGCGAUACGGAUACUAAACUUCACGCUGUCGACCUGAAAUCAACUCUCGAUGAAAAGAAAGAACAAUUGGAGAAGUUGCGAAAUUUGCAAGGUGAGAUUCGUGCCAAAGAGUUGGAAAUGGACAAUGUUACUGAAAGGGCCCAUCAACUGCAUAAACAAUCUCUGAGAAGUUCACAAAUAUCAGAAUUGGGUGUGAAAUACCAACAGUUAUCGGUUAAAGUGAAGGAUUUAAAUAAUCGCUGGCAACAAUAUGUCAUGGGCCAUCAAGAAUUCGAUAAUCAACUAUCCGAAUGUAAUCACUGGCUUGAUGACGUUCGAGCUAAACUUACUUAUUGUUCCGAUCUUUCUGCUUCGUCGCAAAAAGACCUUGAAAAGAAGAUGGAAAUCAUUCAGGACUUGUUGGUUUAUAAAGAAAGCGGAUUUGCUAAGAUUCAAAAAAUCGUUGAGCUGGCUCAAGGAGUACUUGCUAAUACUGCACCGGCUGGACACGGUAAAAUUAAUGAAGCUGUUGCAAAACUCCAGGAGCAAUGGAGCUCAUUGGCAUCUAAAAUGCUCGAGACCAAAACUAAUUUGGAUGAUUCCAUCAACAAAUGGGCUGGACUCUUGGAACAAAUACAAAAUAUAAAUAAAACGGUUGAGCUUAUGGAAGGAUCCUAUGACGAAAUAUCGACUUAUCAAACAACUAUGAGCGAAAAACGUUCACAGCUCGAUAAAUUGAGAAUCCUAGAAGAAAAAGGUCGUUGUGAAAAUAUCGAAGUUGAUGGUUUAAAAUCUAAGGUGGAAGAAAUGAUUGCAAGUGGACAGCAGAGUACAGCAGCUUCUCAAGCCAAAGAUAUUCUAAAUAAAUUUGAUGAUUUGUUUGGAAAAAUAAAGUCAAUAUUAUCAGAACGACAAGAUCAGUACAAGCAUCAUAAACUUUACAAAGAAGCUCACGAUGAUUUAAUUGGUUGGCUGAAUAGAGCUCGUGAAAAGAUUCCAUCCUCGAAACAACGUUCCCUAAGCGACAAACUUGCUAUUGAAAAUGCCGUAGCCCCCUUGGAAAGUCUCAUGAAUAAGAAAGCUCAGGGCGAAUUGAUGGUCGAGCAACUGCAGCAUACUGGUCAAGUCGUUUGCGUCAGCACAAGCCCUCAGGGUCAGGAGGUGAUUCGUAACGAGAUUCGCGCUUUGACAGAGAGUUUUGAAAGUUUGUACAAGGAAAUUCAGCAUCAAAAGGACCAAUUAGAGUCGACUGUUGGUCUUUGGCGUGACUUCAAAGAUGAGUAUGAAAGACUUAGUGACUGGUUGCAGCAAUCUGACAUCUUGAUAAAGGCUCAGAAAAAUUCUCUCUUACCUGAUGUGAAAGAAAAAGAAAAGCAAGUCAAAGAGGUUAAAGAAAUUCUUAGUAAUUUAUCUAAGGGACAAGAUCAAAUUGAUAAGUUCAAUAAGUCGGCUGCUGCCUUGCAAGGUACUCCUCUGGAAAGUUACGUCAACAAUCAAUUACGUCACUUAAAUUCACGCUACCAGGUACAAGUGAAUUUAGCGAAGGAUGUACUUCAGAAGGUUGAAACGAACUUUGCGCAACAUCGAGAGUAUGAAAAUAAUCUCGGCAAAACUCGAGAUUGGAUUAAUAAUGCCAAACAGAUAAUCCGUCAGGGUACGGAUGCGGGAUCUACUAGCAGCCGCGAAGAAUUACAAGAACGUUUAGAUAAAAUUCAAGAACUCUUGAGAAAGCGCGAGGAAGGUCAAAAUCUCGUUCAUCUUACCGUCAAUAGUGGUGAAAAAGUUUUGCGCAACACGAGAUCCGACGGCCGUGAGCAAAUAGCCACAAAUUUGAAAGAAAUUCAAAAUGACUGGGAACGUCUUGUAAAGAAGAUAUCGACUACGAAAGUGCAUUUGGAAACAAGUCUUUUGCAAUGGGCAGACUAUAGCUCUUCGUAUUCGCAACUGCAACAGUGGAUUAACGAUCGCGAGGCCAAACUCCAACAAGCUUGCGAACAAAAAGUUUCAAAAGCAAGAAAGGGUGUUGCGGGGCUGAAUUCUUUGGCGAUUGGCGAGCGUAAAGCGAAUCUACGUCAAACCAACAGCAUUGUUCAGGAUAUAGUUGCUUUCGAACCAAUGAUCCAAUCGGUUACAACGAAAGCGGAAGAUCUUCAGCAAGCUACCCCGGCCACUGAAAUAUCUAUUAAAUACGAAACAUUGAGCAAACAAGCUCAAGAGCUUUAUGCCAAACAGAAAGAAACUGUCGAACUACACCAAGCAUUUAUUGACAGUGGAAACGAAUUUAUCCAGUGGAUCAGAGUGGCGAAAGAGAGAUUAGGAAAAUGCUCAGAACCUACUGGAGAUAAAGAUUCUCUUGCAAGCAAAAUAUCUCUGCUUAAAGUGCUGGAGAAUGACCUCCCAGAAGGUCAGAAGAAAUUGCAAAAAGCGUUAGAACACGGUAAUGCUGCUUGUCAAAUAGCUGAUAACGAAGAGAAAGAAAUCAUUGAAGAAGAAGUUGCGCUCCUGCAAGAAGAAUAUGACAAUUAUGUCGACUCGUUGAGUAAUACCAAGAACUUGCUCGAAAUUGGAAUCGUUAAGUGGACAGAAUAUGAAGACCAAUUCUCUGAGGCUGCUGAAUGGUUAUCUCAGACGGAGAAAUUAGUGCAGAGUUUCAAUAAACUGCAAGAUAGCCUUGAGGAAAAGAAAAAUGUAUUAGAACAAUUCCAAGGUCACCUUCAGACUUUGUUCGAUUGGCAGAAAGAUUUGGACAGAUUAAAUAUGAGAGCUCAGAUGUUACUGGAGACUUGCGCCGAUACUCGUAUUUCAAAUGCUGUAACGCAAUUGACUACCAAGUAUAAUGCACUUCUUUCAUUGGCUAAAGAAAUAAUGCGAAGACUAGAGUUGCACUAUCAGGAGCACCAACAACACAAUACUCUGUAUCAAGAAUGCCAAGACUGGAUAGAUCGUACACGGGAUAAGCUGAACGAAUGUAAAGAAAUUCCGAAUUCACUCAUGGAAAUCAAUAGUAAAUUACAUACUUGCAAAAUGAUACGACAAAGUUUAGAACAAGGUCAAAAUAAACUUCGCUAUGCUCUUGAAUUGAAAGAAAAAGUCAUAAUGAACACGGAGCACAGUGGAGCUCUCAAAAUUCGUGAAAAUACAGACAAUCUCAAGUCUGACUUCGAUAAACUACUGAGUGAUGUUGAAGAAAUUAGGCAAAAACUUGCAAUUAGGGCUGGGGUUCUUGAAGAGCUCAAUAAAGUACAUCGAAUGCUCGUAGACUGGCUCGAAGAGGUCGAGAGUAAUAUUCAAGUCGACCAAGCCUAUCGAAACGACUUGAGUGAGAAACGUGCGCUCUUGGAAAAGUAUAAAACCGUUCAAAGAGAUAUGCUCGGUCAUUCUGAAAAUAUUGAGAAGUUCAAGUUACGCUUGGCUGAUGAUACUAUUUCUCAGAAAACUCCUUACGAUGAGACUGUAGCCAAAUACGAAGAGCUUUGGAAGCUUGCUGCCCAUAAAAUUCAAAAUUUGGAGAGUCAAGUGAAAGAUCACGAGACUUAUCAGCAUGCGUUCAACGAAGCUUCUGAUUGGGUGCGUCGUAUGAAAAUCGAUCUGCAGCAAUACAGUAUAACACACGGCGAAAGAGAAAAAGUUGCAGAACGAGAAGGAAAAGUUAAGCAGAUGAUUGCAAAUCUUCCAGAGGGGCAAUCUUUGAUAUCUAAAGUUAUCGAAACGAGCCAAACGGUUUUGAAUACCACAGGUCAAGAAGGGCAAGAUACAAUUAAUCACGAUGUUGAACAAUUGCAAGACGACUGGCAACAUCUUCAACAUUUAUGUCAAGAAACAGAAAAGACACUUUCUGAUUGUCUGUUAACUUGGUCGCAAUUCACUGCUAUUUUGGAAAAUAUGCAAAAGUGGGUUGACCAAUUCAGGGUAAAAAUAAACAACGAACAGGCAAAAGAAAACAAGACCCCAGAAGAUUUGGAAAGGUGCAAGAGCCUGAUUGAAGAAGCAUUACGACAAAAACCGACUUUGGAAGAUCUGAAUGAUAAAUGCGAACUUUUAAUGGAAAUGAGCGUUUGUAAUUGGGCAAGGGAAAAAACUGUUCAGUUACAGUCUGCAUAUACUGGACUCUUAACCGAUGCGCAAGGACUAGUUUCUAAGGUUGAAAAAAAUUUAUCAGACCAUACAGAAUUUUUAAAAGCAAAGAAAGAACUUGGAGAUUGGCUGCGGACGGCUCACAAUUCAGUUCAAGAUUGCGUAGGCGUGGGAGACGUUAACUGGGCAAAAGAUAAGUUAGGAAUAACAAAGGAUGUAGUCAGAAAAAUCGGCGAGGGUUCCCAGUUACUUUCGUGUUUGCAAAACGUUUUUACCAAAGCGAUUAAUACUGCACCUUCUGAUCAACAGGAGGAGUUGAGAAAUGAUAUGUCCGAAUUACGUUCGAGUUGGGAACAACUCACUAUGGACCUUAAUACAGUUCAAGCACAACUCAAGUCCAUCAUUCAUAGAUGGGAAGAUUUCUAUGAAACUCGAAAUCAAUUCGAAAAGUGGCUGAACCAGACAGAAGAGAUCUUGAAUGCUGUUCCUAACACGAAGGGUGAACUUGGUGAAAUGAAGACGUACUUGGAGAAAUAUAAACACGUCAACGAAGAGGUCCGUAGCAAAAAGUCUGACUUGGAUCAUUUGGUCAGUGAGGCAGCUGAGUUAUCUCACUGGGCGAAGGAUGAUACAGCAGAAAAACAAGUUGACAUCUUGAAAUCUCGUUGGGCAUCAUUGGAAGAUUUCGUCCAUAUCCGAAAGAAUAUGAUCGACGAGGAAAUUAAAGAGUACAACGCUUAUCAUUUGGGUUUGCAAGAUAUUGAAAAGUGGCUUCUACAGGUUUCGUUCCAGCUUAUGGCUCAUAACUCGCUUUAUAUUGUGAGCAAAGAACAAACUUUAGAACAGAUCAGCACUCAUCAGACCUUGCUCACUGAAAUUCGCAAUUACGAAUCGGUAUUGGAUGAGCUGAAAACUAAGGGAGAGGAACAAAUCCGCACGUAUGAAGAAUCGAAUCCUCAAAUCAGACCAACGAUUUCAACUCAGCUUGAAAAUGUCAGAGAAAGCUAUAAAUCUCUUUUGACAACCGCUUUACAAAUAGAAAGUCGAUUAAACGAAUCAUUAUCUAAAUUCCAAGAAUAUGAAAACACCCUCGAAAGUAUUCUUAACAACUUGGACGAAUACGAACCUCAAGUGAUUGAGCAUCAGAACGCGCCUUUGGACACUCUUGAACUGGCAGAAGAAAAUCUUGCUUCAUCAAAGGUUCUUUACAAUAAGUUACUGAGUGAGAAAGCUCGACUUGCUCUUGCUGUUGAAGCUUGCGAAGCAGCUGCUGCUUGUCUUUCUCGUCCAGGAAGUCCUUUAGAUUCUCCAUCUGUGCCAAUACCUGCUAAAGAAAUGGAAGUUCGCACGAGACUGGACGAUGUCAUCGAUCAGAUGCAAUCGCAUUUGUCCAAUGUACUAAAAACUGUAAACGAAUUAGAAGAUCAAACUCGUCAAAGAAAUGCUUUAGUUACUUGGAUAAAUCAGCAAAGAGCAUUGUGUGCUGAAUGGAAAUUUAGACCGGCCAAAUUACGAGCCGAAGCAGCGCAAUCUGAACUCCAAACGAUGAACGAUCUUUUGACGAGCGUCGGUGAAAAACGACAUCAAGCUGAAGCUGAGCAAAUGAUUCGAUCAAAUGGCCAGGAUAGUGACAUCGAAGAGAAUCUUGACAAGCUGGAAGCUGAAUUGAUCGAUGCGAUUGCCAGCAAACAAGCUUCCCACGAGUUAAUUCAAAAGUAUCGAAACGAAUUACAAGAUAUUCAUUUAUGGUUCGAUGCUCUGUCUAAAAAGAUUGACGUGAUUGAAAAAGGAAGUGGUCUGACAAUAAGUCAAAAAAUUACAUCUCUCAAAGAGAUAACUUCAGAAUUUGAAGUUCAAGGUCCAAAUCGGAUUGGGGAAGUGAAGAAACUUGCUGAACAAGUGAUGGAUUCCGUCAGCAAUCUCGAUUCUCAACAAAUCGAAGAACAAAUGAAAUCUGUCGAACGAAGACAAGGUGAAAUCAGUAAGAAACUUCAGCGUAAGGCUCAAGUCUUGGAAAUGACCGCUCAAGGUAUCGAUGCGACUAGACGUGAAAUCGAGGAGAACCGCGAAUGGAUCAGCGAGAAAAAACGCAUCGCUCGUUCGGACGAGCCUCUGGGAUACGAGAGUCGUCAAGCCGAUGAAAGACUGCUGUCUCUGAAGAGCAUUCUGAAAGAAGCCGAGUCAAAGCAGUCGUUGUCGGACUCGUUGGAAAAGCGAGUAGGUAACAUGCAGAACGAGCUCGAAACCACCGAACAGCAACAGCUCGAAGCCGAGACCAAAGCUCUAAGAUGCGAGCAAGCCGAGCUCUGCUCCAUCCUGCGAGAAGAAAUUUCGGCCGCGACCGCGGCAGUCGAGACCAGACGCAAGCUCGAGAACGACCUCGAAAAAGCUCGAUUGUGGAUCAAAGCUACGAGCAACGAUCUGAAAAAACUCAGCGGCUACCUACCAUUGAAGGCUUCAAAAGUCGAGGAGGACAUCAAGCAACACAGCGGCCUAGUGUCCGAGAUACGGCGCUUCAGCGAGGGCAGCUUGAAGGACCUGCUCAAGCACGGCAACGCCAUGCUCAGGGAGUGUAACGAGGGUGAUCGCCAAAGACUGCAGGCUCUUCUCGACAAAGUGAACGAGGAGUACCAAGAACUGCAGAAAGAAGCGCACGAGAAGCAGGCCGCGCUCGCCGAUCUUCUGCAAGGAAGAAAGGCUUUCGAAAGCGAGUUGGAUAAGUGCCAACGCUGGAUCACAGAAGCGGAAGUCGCCACCGCGGCAGAGCUUCGCAAGUCCAGCAUCGAUGUGCUUCGAGAACAGUUGGCGAAGUAUGAUCGUUUGAAAAAAGAAGCCAAAGAAUACGCUGACGAUAUCGAAAAAAUAGUCCAACAAGGCAAAUCCAUUUUGCCCACGAUCAGUGACGCUGAUAAACAAGAACUCAGCGAACAAUUGAAGAACAUGAGAGAACAACACAGUCGAGUCGCUGGAGUAAUCAACGAGCGAUCAGCUGCUCUUCAGAAAAACAUCGAUGAAGCUGAAGAAGUAGCCGCUCGAGUAGCUGAGGCAGUACAAUUCAUGACCACCAUUCAGGAAGAGCUCCAAGAUUUGAACAAACCAAUUGGAUCUCGAGUCGAAGAUGUCGAAGGUAUGCUGGCAGCUUACGAGCGUAUUCUCGACGAUUUGAAAACUAGCAAAGCUAAGCUCUCCGAUCUUGGCUCGUCCAACGUUGGAGAAUUACACGGGGUCAUUUCUCAACAAGACGAUUUGAUUCGAGCUCUCGAGGCUCAAAUAUCAAAACUUCGUCAGCUAUUGUUGUUGCGUCAACAGUUCAUUGCUUUGGUUACGGAGAUAAUGACGUUCAUCGCAAAGUAUACCGAGAUCGUACGAGAUAUCGAGAAAGGCUACCAAACUACCGAGGAAAAAAUCAAAAAGUACGAAGACGUGAUCGUGAAAAUUCAAGAGUGCGAGGCUACUUUAGCCAGUGCCACCGACAAAGGUCAGCAGAUCGCCGUCGAAGGCUCGGCGGCGGAUAAGAACAACAUAACCGAGCAACUGCAGUCUUUGAAACAGCAGCUACAGACGCUCAGACGAGCCGUAGAAAAUCAACGGGAGAAGCACGAGCAAGCGGCUGCCGAACACAGGCGAUUGGCCAAUGAACUCGCGGACAUUCUCGAUUUCCUCGAGGGCAAAGAAAAAGAAGUGAAGACUCGACCACUGCUCGAGAGGCACUCGGAGAGUGUCGAGGCCGAAUUGGAAAAGCACAAAGUUCUAUGUAAAUCGGUCAACGAGUACCUCGAUAAAAUCAAAGAGAUCAAAGAAUCGAUGAAGCACGAGGACGGUAUGCCUGGAUCGUUGAAGGAAAUGUUCAGCGAAGCCGUGUCGCUGCUGACAUCUUUACCGCGAGAAAUGGAAGAGAGAGAAAAUUAUUUGGAAAGCAAUAAACAGAUGAGGACGGAUUACGCUACGCUCAGGGAAAAAUUGCAUGGAUGGGUGCGAGAAGCCGAAAUCCGAUUGGAAAGUGAUAAAGAUGGCUUAGACUUUGAAAAUAUAUUGAGCGAUCUUGAGGAACAUAAGAUUUACUUCAGUAGCGAGGCAUCGAUUCGAGAGCUCGUUUCCCAGCAAAUCCAGCAAGCGGCCGAUAAAAUCUGGCCGUCUCUGAGCACGGCCGAGCAGGAGGAAUUGGGCGCGGAACAGCAGCAGCACACGCAACUCCUGAAGAACACGCUAAACACGGCUAAAUCGCAUCGAGCGCGCUUGGAGCAGGGCGCCGAGACCUGGCGAGAUUAUUCGCAAACGUUGGAACGUGUGAAAGCGGUUAUCGCUAGGACCAGGUUCACGGACGAGCCCGUCUCCACUCUCGCUGGCUUGCAGUUCAACAUUCAAAAAAUUACUCACGCAUUGAACGAUAUUCAGAAUCAACAUUACGAGCUUGACCUUUACAACGAACGUAGCAAAGAAAUAAUCCAACAAGCAGAUGAUGCCAAUAAAAGGCGCAUUGAGAAACAGCUCGAAGAAAUAAGUAACGAGUGGCAACAGUUGGUCUCGGGUCUUGAAACUCGUAAAAAUGCUCUCGAAGCUUUAUCCAAACACUGGGAAGAGCUCGAAGCUAAAUGGUCAAGCACAGAGACGAAGCUCACUGCGAUCGACGAGCGUGGCAAACUCGUCGAUACAGUCGUACGAUCGAAACAGCAUCUAUUGGAUACUAUUAAAGCACUUAACGAAUUAACAUCGGAAGCUGAAACGUUAAGAUCGGACGCCCAAGAGGUAAGAGAUUUGGCAGGACCGGUUCUUUCGUACUUGGCAGCUUUUACCGAAAAACCUGCACGUGCUCUCGAGGAGCGAAUCGAUAAACUUAGCUCUGCCGUCGACAAGCUCGUCGAUUUACUGCAAUCCAAGUCCGAAGAAUCGAAGGAAGAUUUACAAAGUUUACGUCGUGUGGACGAGGCCUUAGAUCAACACCGCGAGUGCCUCGAAUCGAUUUUGGAGCGCAUCACGUCGGUGCACGUUUACGACUCGAAUCAGGAAGCGGUCGAGCGCGAACUCAGCGAUAUCGGCCGCGAACUUGACUCGGAGCUCGAGGCUCUUCGGCGCAUUUCAGAAGACACCAAGACCCGCUACCAGAACAGCCAGCAGCUCAUACCAAUCGAUCUUGGCCAGAAAUUGGCAGCCUUUGAGCUGAGAGCCGAGGACACCAGCCAAGCCAUGGAGGAGAAGCAACGGGCGCAGAAGCGAGCCAAAACCACGCGUACGGACUAUUUGGCCGAUGCCGACGAGCUACAAAAGUGGCUACGCGAGGCCGAGCUCAAAGUUCAAGAUAGAUCCUGUGAACCGAGUAAGAUGAUGGAGCACCUCAGGCAAAUACAGUCUGAGCUACCACCUAUCACGGAUAAGCUCGAGCGUAUGACCAAGAACGGAAAGACCAUUGUAGAUAAUAACAAGGACGAGGAGGAAAAGCAGAGAAUCACUACUACCAUCGCCGGCGUUACAGAACAACUGGCUCAAGUCAAAUCGUGGUUAGAUGAAAAGAAACAACAAGUAGGCGAUACGCUCGACGCUUGGCAGAGAUUCUUGACUCUGCUCGAAGCAGUAAAAGCUUGGACUGCGGAGAAAAGAGUAUUUUUACAGGAGCCUUUGAGACUUAGCAGUCUGAGUCAGGCGCGACAAAAAUUACACGAGUAUGCGACCGCUGUCAAAAGUUGCAAACAAGUCAACAAAAAUCUUAGUGACAUGGGCCGUGAAUUAGAGAGCAUUGGCCAAGUCACAAGUGUAGGCGAUUUACCUCAUAGACUAACCGAAGUCGAAGAGGCCAAAGUCGAGGUUGAAGGGCAUCUUCUUGAAAGGAACGCAUUGUUGCAAGAAACGAGCGAAGAAUGGGAACAGUGCGAACGCAAAAUGAAGGAAGUCAAAGUUUGGUUGGACAAGGCUCGACAGAGCCUUGAUUCGGCGCAAAACAAAAAGAAACCGUUGAGGGAUCAGCAUGCGAUACGCGAAAAAAUGUUGAGCGACGUGACGAUACAAAAGACCAAAGUAUCGAUGAGCGUUGAAAAAUUGCAGGUACACUUCCGAUCUGGAAUCGGUGGUGACAGUAGAGUCGUCGAGAGCGCCGACGAAAUUGUAGCCGAGCUCAACGUGCUGAACGAGACGGUCAAAGAGCAAACUGCUUCUCUCGAAGCUUGCCUUGCGCAGCUUGAUAAAUACCAUCAGGAAAUACAACAAUUAAGACAACAAAUUGUUCAAGUUGAACAGCAACUGCGGACUGUUUUGAGUCCGACUUAUUCUCCUAAUGACAGAGAAAAGGCACAACAAGAACAACAGACCUAUCAGGAACGUAUCAAAUCGCUUCAAAGUAAAAUUCAGGCUCGCUCCGAAAGAUCUAAAUUAUUACUUCAACGUGGCACGCCAGAUGCAGAACUAUUAGAACCAUAGUAGAAUCUAAACUUUUUUAAAAAUUAUCAAGUUCAAUGAAAUGUGAUUUGGUAUGACGAUAGGCAUGCCUUGUUAAAAAUAUAUAUACCGUAUAAUCUUUGUAUUUUAAGUAAAAAUUAUGCAGGAAACUCUUUCGAAUGGAAUACUCGUUGCAUUCCUGAGGCGUUUAAACUUAUAUAAAUUUAUAUGACAUUUUUAAUGCGUAGUUUUGUGAAUUUUAAACAAUUUAAAAAUCUUUCGUAGCUUUUUAUUUGAGAUCUAUUGAUACAUUUUUAAUUUGGCGUUUGAGUUCCUCGCUUUAACGUAAUAUUUUCGAAUCAAAUAAUGUUGUUACCAAAGAUUCAUUUAGUCUAUCGUAACAUAUUUUAUAUAGCUGUUAUCUUUUCAAAUAAGGUUAAUCACAUUUGUAAUAAUGUUAUGUAUUGUACUUUUCCAAUACCGACUUAAAUAACUAGAAAAAUAAAGAGCAAUACAUUGAAAAUUA